UUGGUGUUGCAUGCUCUUGACAGCGCUUCAGACCACGGUGUUGUGUUUUCAUGCGGACGAGAUUGUUUUUAAAAACGAGGGAGGAAAAACUCCGUUUUUAAAAAUACCCGUGUAUGUGUGGACUAAAGUCUGCAGAGAGAGCAGCCUGGUGUUCCUCCAAGAGUUUGGCGACAGCUGCCAUGCUAACUACUUUAUCGCCUUCUCCGCACGGCUCAGCUUUUUGAUCCUUUUUGCCAUAUUUUGUUGAUUUAGCUGCCAUGUUUUAAUAUAGGCAUCUCUAUAUUAUAUAUGCUCGCUAACCAUAGUGCUCAAAUAGCAAAGAAAUAGGAAUAAGUCGUGGGAUUUAAAGCAGUUGUAAAAUGAAAAGCUGCAGGAGCAGAACUCAAGGCGUCUUUACAUCCUCACACCGUCCCGGAAGCGCUUUAGUGUUUUUAUAAUUGUCUUUCCGCAUAGGAAUUGAACUUGGCACUGAUAAUGGACUUCGUAAUGAUGGCCAACAAAGUCCACAUUAUGAUAUGGCUACUAACCUGCUUCCCAUUUCUUUUUGUUUAUGGACAAAACACAGGACCAUUUUUCAUAGUGACAUUUCCUGCAGUCAUAGAGUCUGGCUCUGAGGCUAAGCUGUGUGUUGAUCUUAUGAAGCCUAAUGAGACUCUGCAAAUGGACAUCUAUCUGAUUCACAAGGACCAGAACAAAAGUGUUUUACAGGAGACAGUGGUAAAGGAGAUUCACCGCUGCUCCCAGUUUAAGGCUCCACAUGUUAAGGGAGAAUCAGUACAAGAGAUCAAGGUAGAGGUCAAAGGUGAAAGCUUUAAGAUAACAGAGAAAGCAAAAGUGAUGUUUAAAUCCUACAACCCAUUAGUAUUUAUUCAGACUGAUAAACCCAUCUACAAUCCAGGCCAAACAGUAAAUUUCAGGAUCGUCACCAUGGAUUCCAAUUUUAUUCCCCUUGAACAAAAGUACAGCACAGUAAGAAUUGAGGAUAAUAAGAAUAACAGGAUUGGUCAGUGGACGAAUGUGACCCCAACAGGUCUGAUACUGCAGCUUUCUCAUGAACUAAAUGUUGAGGCUCCACAGGGAGAAUAUCAGAUCAUUGCUAACAUUGGAACUGAAUUAUUCACACACUCUUUCACGGUGAAAAAGUAUGUCUUACCCAAGUUUGAGAUUACAGUAAAAGCACCAGAAAAACACAGUGUUGGUGAGGAGGAACUGAAGCUGGAGAUUUGUGGAACGUACACUUAUGGACAGCCAGUACCUGGUGCAGCACUGGUGCAAGUGUGUCGUAAAUUUCGGCAGAAUUAUUUUCACCAUCAGAACGCUCCAAUGGUGUCACCAUGCCUGGUUGAAACAGUGGAGAUGGGAAAGACUGGUUGUGUCUUACAUAUAUUGAAUGUGUCAACUUUCAUCAAUUCUGAAUUAGAAAAAAAUUUUGAGAACAUCCUUAAUGCUACUGUUACACUGACAGAGGAAGGAACAGAAGUUUCCAUGGUGAAAUCUAUAAUCAUAGCUCUCACAUUCCAAAUCGGUAAAGUGGAGCUUGUGGAUUUACCAAAAUACUUUGAAAAUGGCACCUUUAUAGAAGGAAGUAUUAAAGUUACUACCUUCAGUGGAACACCAAUUCCUAACAAGAAGGUGUAUCUUUCAGAAGGUGAAUGGUGGUCUCAAACGCUACUACUCAAUCUUACUACAGACAAUAAUGGCUUGGCAAACUUCUCAGUCCCUUCACCUGAACAUCCUAAAACAGAAACAACAUUGAGGGCAAGUGUCAAUCUGGAGGAAAAAUACCACCAAUACAAAACACCAUUCUUUUCAACUGCAGAAAAACAUAUACAGCUCCUCCAACCUGCUAAACCUUACAGUCCGGUGUUCAGUAAACUGUCAAUAGAGAGCUCAGAGGAACUGUUUAAAUGUGGUGCUGAAAUUCCCAUAACCAUUAACUACUAUAUUGUUGGUGAAACUACUGAAAGUUUCAGUAUUGAUCUUAUGUACAUGGUCUUAUCUAAAGGAGCCAUAGUCCACCAUGGUUUUGAGAAAGUCGAAGUGAAAGACUCUACAGCUUUGAGAAACGGGAAAAUCUCAUUCAAAUUGUCAGUUGUUGCUGAGCUGGCUCCUGUAGUGCAGGUUCUGGCAUAUUCUGUCCUGCCCAGUGAAAAUCUUGUUGUUGCAAAGAAGAAUUUUGAUGUGGAAAAAUGUUUUAAAAAUCAGGUUUCGCUACAGUUCUCUCCCUCUAAGGCAGUUCCUGGAGAGAAGAACACUCUCGAGAUCUCAGCUCAUCCUGGUUCAUUGUGUGGCCUCAGUGUUGUAGACCAGAGUGUGUUCAUCUUGGAUUCUGAGAACCGUCUAAACACAAAUAAGAUAUUUAAAUUGUUGCCUGUGACAUCUAUGUCAGAUUAUCCCUUCGUGGUUGAAGACUGGCAUCUUAUAUCUCAACAAGAUGUACCUGAUAGAUCACUCUAUUCGAUUGCUGUUAGGCCUCCACAGGAUGAAGAGGUUGACUGUGUUUACAGUACAAUAAAGGGAGUGGGGAUGAAGAUGAUAACAAAUUUGGCUAGAGAACCUCACUGUUCGAUACACGAAAGACCGAAUUAUUACACUUUCCUUCAAGCCGCUGAAAUGGACACAUACCAUAAUUUUGGUUGGAAGCUUGAAGAGGUGUCAAUAGAUUAUGAACCCAGUGAGACAGUCCGUAAAUUCUUCCCAGAAACAUGGAUUUGGCAACUGUCUGAAGUGGGGGACUCUGGAUCAGUACAGCUUCCUGUCACUGUUCCUGACACCAUCACCACUUGGGAGACAGAGGCAUUCUGCGUAUCCUCUAAGGGUCUGGGUCUGGCUCCUCCUGUUCAGCUCACUGUGUUUCAGCCCUUCUUCCUGGAGCUCUCGUUGCCCUACUCCAUUAUCCGGGGAGAGGUUUUUGAGCUGAAGGCCACUGUCUUCAAUUAUCUUUCCAAAUGCAUUAUGGUUAAAGUGACCCCAGCCCCUUCCUCAGAUUAUACUCUGGAACCAUCUUCUGAGGGCGAAUAUUCAUCCUGCCUGUGUGCAAAUGGAAGAAAGACCUUCAAGUGGACUUUAAUUCCAUCUGUCCUUGGAGUCGUGAAUGUGACCGUGAGUGCUGAGGCAGAACAAUCCCAGACUGUGUGUGAUAAUGAGAUUGUAAGUGUUCCAGAGAGAGGCCGUAUUGACACGGUUACACGAAGCCUCAUAGUACAGGCUGAAGGAACUGAAAAGAUGAAGAGCCUGAGCUGGUUAUUUUGUCCCGAUGGCACCAGUGUUUCAGAAGAGCUGGAGCUGAUUCUUCCUGAGGAUGUAAUAGAGGGAUCAAUGCGAGCUUCUGUUUCAGUUCUUGGAGACAUACUUGGCCUUGCAUUACAAAAUCUGGAUGGACUGCUAAAGAUGCCAUAUGGCUGUGGAGAACAAAACAUCGCUAUUCUUGCCCCCAAUAUCUACAUUCUUCAGUAUCUAGAGAACACCGAGCAGCUCACCUCAGAUAUCCGUGAGAGGGCUACUGGUUUUCUAAAGAGUGGAUACCAGAGGCAGCUAAACUAUAAGCAUUUUAGUGGUGGAUAUAGCACAUUUGGCAGGGAAAAGGAGAACACAUGGUUAACUGCGUUUGUACUAAGGACUUUUGGCAAAGCACAACGUUACAUCUUUAUUGAUCCAGAAAACAUUAAAAGUACAAAGGAAUGGCUCAUAGGUAUGCAGAGGUCAGAUGGCUGUUUCAUACAACAGGGAAAUCUGUUUAAUAAUAGAAUGAAGGGUGGUGUGAAUGAUGAAGUGACCAUUACUGCUUACAUCACUGCAUCAUUGCUUGAAUUGGGCAUUACAGUGCAGGAUCCCGUUGUGAAUAAAGGGCUGUUGUGCCUAAAAUCUUCUAUUUCUAACCUGAAGAACACCUACACCACUGCACUGUUGGCCUACACUUUCAGUUUGACUGUAGACAAAGAAAUUCGAGAGCAGCUACUAAAAGAGCUGGAUAAUGUCUCCAUUCGAGAAGAUGGUCAUCUCCACUGGUCUCAGCCAACAUUAAAUGACUCUGACAAUGAUGACAAUGAAGGCUCCUUGUCAGUGGAAAUCAGCUCCUACGUGCUGCUAGCUGUUCUCACUUCAGAUCAACUCACUGCUGCUGAUUUGGGCUAUGCUAAUAGGAUAGUCAGCUGGCUGGUGAAGCAGCAAAAUCCAUAUGGAGGUUUUUCAUCCACCCAGGACACAGUGGUGGCUCUCCAUGCUCUGGCUCUGUAUUCCACUAAAGUGUUCAGCUCAGAAGGCUCUAGCACAGUAACUGUAAAGUCAGCAGAUGGACACAGUCACAACUUUGAUGUGAACCAGAACAACAAGUUACUGUACCAAGAAAGAUCAUUGCAGGAUGUUCCUGGCAAAUUCAGCAUUGAUGUGAAGGGCUCCACCUGCGUGUCAGUGCAGACAGCACUUUUCUACAAUGUCCCCACACCUACUGAAAUCAGUACACUGAACAUUUUAGUGAAGACUGAGGGAAACUGCACAAAAUCAUUUGGUCACACUUUGACCCUCAAGUUCACUGUUGGAUAUAAUGGAGCACUAAACAGCACUAACAUGAUCAUAGUGGAUAUAAAACUCUUAUCAGGGUUCACAGCAGAUCCUGCUGAACUGAAAAGAGGCAUUUUGGUGGAACGGGUGGAUUCUAAAGAUGACCAUAUUAUCAUGUAUAUCAAAGAGCUCCAAAAGAAAAUUCCUAUCAACUAUGAGCUUCACAUUAAGCAGGUGCUUCCUGUCAAAAGUCUCAAGCCAGCAUUAAUCAAAAUUUAUGAUUACUACCAAACAAGUGACCAGUCUGAGACAGAAUACACCUCUCCAUGUGUGUAGGGUUUUAAAUUUGCAUUUGAAGAUGCAGAACAUCCUUUGUCUAUCUGCUCUAUGCUGGUUCAAUCUAUAUUUUAUUAUAUGAUUUAUUAUAUGAUUUUUUUUGUGGAAUUAAAAUACCCUUCAAAUGCCUUCUGUGUGAAUGUUUUGUUGAAGAUAUUGACAGUAUUGUAAUAUAUCGAUAUCGUGUGUUUGAAAUUUAAAACAUUAAAUUUCAUCUUAAUUUGU